UUCUACAGGGAAUUGAACAAGCGAAAGUUUUUACUGCGCAUGCGGAGUAUCAGUAACUGCGGAAACGGGGAUGGCGGAUGCUGUGAGUGAAGAGUCGGGGACAACAGGAGACCAACAUUCACCCUCAUCAGACCUAGAGAAAAAUAAAAAUAACACGAUGGCGGAGGGGUCGACGCUCACUCAGAGGAUGGAGAUUAGUGUGACAGAGGCAGAGAAAAGAAAUGGAAAAAACGCCGUGAACAUGCAAGAAACCUUCACCGUGUAUCUCAUAGAAACUCGGCCUAUGGCUGCAAUAGCAGAAGGACACAACCCGGCCCCAGACUCUCUGUGGAGGAGAUACAGCGAAUUUGAGCUUCUUCGGCACUACCUGUUAGUCACAUAUCCCUUCAUCAUCGUGCCUCCACUGCCUGAGAAAAGGGCAGAGUUUGUAUGGCAUAAGCUGUCUGCCGACAACAUGGACCCAGACUUUGUUGAGCGUCGCAGGGUUGGACUGGAGAACUUCCUGCUUCGAGUGGCCUCACACCCGGUGCUGUCCAAUGACAAGAUCCUCUUCCACUUCCUGACUGAGGAACAUGGCUGGAAGGAGGUGGUGUAUGACACAGGAUUCCAGGAUAAGGCAGACUCCAGGAUCCGAGCUCUUAGUGCCACCUUCAGAGUGAAGAGUCCUGACAAACGCUUCACCGAGACGAAACACUACAGCGACGAGCUUCAGUCUCACACUUCUCAGGUGCUUCGAACGAGAGCUAGAGUAGCAGACAGACUCUAUGGUGUGUACAAGGUCCAUGCAAACUAUGGCAGGGUCUUCAGUGAAUGGAGUGCCAUAGAGAAGGAGAUGGGAGAUGGACUGCAGAGUGCCGGACAUCACAUGGACGCCAGGUAUGCUGCUUCCAUAGAUGACAUCCUGGAGGAUGAGGAGCAUUACGCAGACCAGCUGAAGGAGUACCUGUUCUUUGCAGAAGCCCUCAGGGCUGUUUGUAGGAAACAUGAGCUGAGCCAGUUUGAACUGGAAGUGGCCUCCCAGGACCUCAUCUCCAAGAAGCAGCAACGGGAGGAGCUGGCCACUGGGAUGUUCAGAGCGUUCUCCUUCAAAGGCAUGACCAACAAGCUGUUUGGCCAGGAGACUCCGGAGCAGAGAGAGGCCAAACUCAAGCUGCUGGAGGAGCAGAUCGUCGAGGGAGAAGACGCAGUCAAGGACAAAACUGUAGAAUGCGAGGAGCAUGUAAAGGCAGCUUGGGUGGACAUGCAGCGCUUUAAGGAGCAGAAGGAUAGGGACCUGAGAGAGGCUCUCUAUCGCUACGCUCUCAUGCAGAUCAGCAUGUGUAAGAAGGGAAUUCAAGUCUGGGGCAACGCUAAGGAAUGUUUCCAGAAGAUGUGAAGGUCUUUCUGUCGCUUUAUGAUGAUGUCAUAGAGCAACUGUCUGACUGGGUUACUGCACUGCACAACAACAAAGUGUUUAAUACUGGUUGACGAUUAGAAAGAUAACAAGCACAUAACUUUUCUCCGAUUCAAUGAGUUGUUUUAUUUAGGUGUUUAUGAGGAGUGAGUAUGGAGAGAGACAGAGAUGGUUGACUAACAAUGUAAUAAUAAUGUAUUCAUUUAUCUGAUGCUUUUAUCCAAAGCAAUGUGCAUUGGGGGGAUUUGAACCUGCAACCUGCAGUCACGUGUGCUAAACACUGAGCUACACCUGCCCUGUAUGGGAAAAGAUCUACUUAACAGGUGAUCAUGGUUUACUUGAAUGAAGAAUCAGAACCCACAGUGAUGGGGGUGGGUGUGGUACUCAAGGGACUGAGCACUACUGAGGUAGCAUAACCACAAGUAGAUGUCUCAGACUGUGCCUAACUGUCCAGUUAUCUAAUGUAUGCAUGAUUGGUUUUUCAAUGCAGGGUCUGAGCUAAGAGUUAAAACCAAAACAAGUGUGACUGAUACUGAAUUCCUGCAAUAAUGAACGCAAAUCAGCUGUUUGGUUAAAGCACAAUGUCAAAGGAUUUCAUAUGAGGAGCAAACACUUAUCAUAGUACUUAAUGAAUUUUUCCUUCCUUGAGGUUUAACUUGUAAAUAAUGUGUUAUAAUCUAUGAAUUUUUCAGUGAACAUUCAUCUUGUGUAUGUUGAUUUGCCAAAUAUAUUAAAGGGGUCAUAGAAUGCAA